ACAGUGCCCUGGUCGAAUGUUUUUGUUUGUUGUGUUUUUUUAUUUAUUUCGUGUUUAAAAGUGUUUUAAAGUGAGGUUCCAAGUGCAAUGGAGCUGCCGAAGGAGUUAUCCAUUGCGGAGAUCCGUAAUUACAUGCUGGCCAACGAGUGCAAGGUGACAAAUCACGCCUUGGUGAAGCACUUCAAGAAAUUCCUAACUCACCCGCAGUCGCAAAAUGAGGCUCGCAAGCGAUUCAAGACCUAUGUCACACUGCUGUCCACCAUCAAGAACGAGAACAAUCAAAAGUUUCUGAUAUUGCGCAAGAAAUACGUGAACGAAUGCCCCACGGAUGAGGUUGUGGAGCGCGCGGUGGCCGCCGCAUCCAGUAUUCCGGAGCCCUCGAGUCCCGGCGGCGCAUCCCUGAACUUUGACUCGCCCAUGAGGCAGCCACCGCCAUAUAAGCCCCCUCCCAUGGUCACCUCUCCGCCAGCGGUUUCCAUGGCCAAGGAGCACCAGCAGAACUACCAGGAGUGCGUGGACGAAUUCACGGCUGCCAUAAAGAGCAUUGAGCCUGCCCGCUUGGAGCGGCAGCCAUCGGUCAAGUCGGAGGAUCUGGAUCAGCAGGAGAAGCGGGAGAAAUCCUCUCGAUCGAAUUCCAUCGAUGUGAUCGAGAACAAGGAGAACAUACCACGUUUCUCCUUCUCCUCGGAGGCCUCCUCGGCGUCCAGCACUUCAAUCGAGAAGCCGGAGAUGGCUGAUCCCACUGCUCCAACUGCUCCCACCGCCGAGGGCGAUGUGGCCGAGAAUCCCAUCAGCGUAAAGGAGGCCACGCGCAAAUUCAACCGGAUGGCGUCCGAAGAAGAGGCUAAAAUCAUAUCGCCGCCAGCCAAGAAGAAGCCAGAGAAGCAAUUAAUCGAGGAGAAGGAUUCACCGGAGGUCACACUGGCGCAUCCCAAGGCAAAGGAGUGGAUCGUCUCCAUGGCGAAGGCUAAUUACCAGGAGCUGGCCAAGAUGGCCAGCGAGUAUCCGGAACUGGUUAAGCUGCAGUGUCCCGCAACGUAUACCGCUUUGCACUGGGCAGCCAAGCACGGAAAUGAAGAUGUGGUUAAGCUAAUUGCCGGCACCUACAAGGCGGAUGUGAAUGCCAGAACGAACGGGGGGUACACGCCUCUGCAUUUGGCCACACAGUUUGGUAGGGAUAACAUCUUUGAACUGCUCUGGAAUGUCUACAAGGCCAAUCGGGACAUCAUGGACUGGAGCGGCAACAAGCCACUGGACUACAGUCGCCAGCGGUCGAGUGUCUCGGCCUCGACGUGCAGCAAAAUCAAGGCUCGCAAAAAGCAUGCAAUCGAAAAAGAUUUGGGCUUCCUACGGAUUGGUUCACUGAAUGUCCGGGUAAAGAAGACCACCGAGGCGUUCAGCAAUUUCUUGGGAGUGGGCAACGGCAGUGGGGUGGCAGCGACGGGCUAUGGCAAUGGCGGGGGACCGGGAACGGGAACGGGAGCAGCAAGUCGCCAUCACCCUCGAUCUCACCGAGCCCCUCAUCAGCGUCAUCAUCACCACGUUGGUACGACACGGAGUCGCCAUCCGAAUCAGAGGGCAGCGAUGACCACACCCUACGCAACGAACGGCGGCCUUCCGUCGAGGGCGAGCGUUCCUAAUAACCGCAACAUCUACGACGGGGUGCACAAGUCGUGGGGAUCGGCGGACAACAUACCACAUCGAUCGGAGGAACUAAUGCCGCCGCCCAAGACGGUCGACUAUAUCAGCAAGCGGAACAAGUCGUCGAAGCGUUCGUCCUAUGCAUCGAAUACCACCGAUUCGCCGCGUGAUUCCAUCUGCUCCUCGAACUCCAGUUCGAAUCUGAAUGGCGGAUAUAGCAGCAUGCCCACGACGCCGAAUCAGUUGCGUGCUCCUAAGGGCAUCGCUGCAUCAUUCGCCGUGGAUUCCGACUCGGACUCCGCCUGCGGCUUCGACUCCAGCUGGUCGGUCAAUUGUCGCGGAUCCUCGAGCAGCAAUCCGUCGCAAUCCUAAUUACCUGAAUAUUAUUGUUAGCCCAGCCUGAAUGUCUACAUACCACACAACUUUAAGCAUUGACCAUGUAAUCAUGAAAGUAUUUGUUUUUCACUUAACUAAAGUAUGUUUUAAGAAUUGACUUU